AUGACGGAUCUUGCAGCGCCCGGCGAGCUCGCCGUGCAACCGCACUUCUCAUUCUUUCAAGCUCUGCGGCACGGAGCCAUCGCGUGGUCCGUCAAGGGCCUCGUCAACUCCAUGCUGACCUUCAGACAGCUGUCGCAAUGGUGGAACAAAGGCCCCAACGUGCCCGACAUGGUCAAGACAUAUCCGUGCCGGCCAUCGUUGCCCAUUAGAAUCUUCUUCCCCAAGGGUUACGAGCGCAACAGCAACACCAAGCUGCCCACGCUCUUCAUGGUCCACGGCGGCGGCUUCCUCGUCGGGGACCCGUCCGACGACGACCUCGUGAACCGGCGCUUCGCCGACACGCACGGCUUCCUGGUCAUCGAGCUCAACUACCGCAAGGGCCCCGGCUCCCCGUUCCCCGUCGGGCUGCGCGACCUCGAGGCGAUCCUCAUCGCGCUGUACAGCGACCUCAACGCCAGGGAGGACAUCCCGGCCACGGAGCGCCUGCCCAUCGACCAGGGCCGCGUCGCCAUCAGCGGCUUCUCCGCGGGCGCCUGCAUCGCCCUGGGCGCGUGCCAGCUGCCCUCGAUCCAGGAGAAGGUGCGCUUCUCCGCCGUGAUCCCCGUGUACCCCGUCGUCGACCAGAGCAUCAAGCCCGGCGAGCGCGCGCUGCGGCGCCACUACAAGACCACCUUUCCGGGGCUGCGGGGGAACCCGACGGACCUGCUGGCCCGGUUGUCGCCGUACUUUGUGUGGAGCUACCUCCCCUACGGCCAGGACCUGCGCGACCCGCUGCUCUCGCCCGCGUACGCGGCGCGCGAGGAGCUGCCCAGGGGUGUGUUCGUGGUCGGGGCCGAGCUCGACCAGCUGUGUCACGAGGGCUGGCGGCUCGCGUGCAGGCUCGGGGGUAAGAGGGUGCCGCCUGACUCCGCGGAGGAGAAGCCCGGCCAGGAGAUGCCUGCCGCGGAAGCGGGCAAGUUGAUCAUGGGCAACGGGGACGAGAGGUUCUACUGGGAGAAUGACGAGGAGGUGCAAGGGGUGAAGAAGUCGGUCCGGUGGUUGCUGAUCCCCGACGCUGUGCACGGGUUCAACCUGAUCCCGCCGAGUAUGCAUGCUGAUCCCGGGGCUGUGGAGGAUGCCAAGUCCAAGGCGAUUGCGUAUGAGAAGGUCGUGGCGGAGUGGUUGGUCAAUGUGAUCUGGAAGAAAUGA